AUGGCCUGUGGUCCCAGCAGUGCCUGGGGCUCACCUUGCCCAGGCUUCCUGUGCCCCGCGGGGCCUUUCCCCGUGCCUCAGUUUCCCCCACAGCAGCAGCGGGGGUGCCGGUCCCUGUACACGCUGGUUCGCAGCUGGAGGCUCAGGGGGUGCCGAAGAGCCACGCUCGGUGCCGGCUCCCUGAGCCCAGCAGGGGCUGAGCACGCCCUGCGCUCGGGGCUUCCCGCGGCAGCUCCGGCUGGGCAGGUUCCUACGGCGGAGCCGGAGCCCUGCAGGCGGGGAGCGGAGCCAGCCCAGGCGGCAGCGGCGGCAGAGCUGCGCUGGGGACAGCGGAGCCGCGCUGGGGGCACUGCCGCCUCUCCCCACGCUGCGUCUGGUGGCACAGAGGGGCUCUUGGUGCUCAGCUGCCUGCCCAUGGCCAACGAGGAGGAGCAGCCGUCGGCUCUGUCGGAUCACCAGGUCUUUCUGCUGAUGUGCAUCUACCUGCCGGCCUCGCUGCUGAGCCUCCUGGGCAGUGGAUCCGUCCUUGCUGUCACCUCCUGGCGGAGGCGAUGCUGCCACAUCCAGCUUCGUCCCCUUUGUCUCCUCGCCCUGGCAGAUCUCCUGGCAGCUGCCUCAGUGCUGGGCACAGCCACCAUCCAGGCGCUCCCAGCGCCUCUCUUCAUCCCAGCCUAUGCUGCCUGCCCCUAUGGAUGGAUGCUGGCCACGACGUUCUAUGCAAUCUCAUUCCUGAUGGUGGUUGUCUACGCGUUUGAGUCCUACCGCAUGGUGCGUGGCUGGAGAGCCCGGCACGUGGCAGCUCUGCAGGAGGGAAGCGGGUGCCUUGAGCCUGUGUUACAGGAGCUGCCCUAUGUCCUGGCCUGGCUGGUGCCGGCGCUGACGCUCCUAGGGCAGCUCAUUGCCCGUGGUACAUCUCUCACUGACAUCGCACCCAGACACCUCGAGCCCAUCAUGCCACGGAGGGGCAAUGGCUCCCACGAGACCUACAGCCUCUACUGCUCCAGCUGCCUGUUCCUCAUCCACCGUGCCCAGGAUGUCUGCUAUGAGUAUGUCAGCAGGAAGGACGUGGGCCUGGAGGGGAAAAUCAUCUUCUUCUUGUACCUGCUGGUGGUGCUCAGCUGCUGCACGCUCCUGUACCACAGGGUGCAGCGCCGGUGCCGGAGGGACACCAUGGAGCCGCUGCUGACUCUGGAGAGAGACGGCUUUGCGGGCAGGAGCACUCGCAGCAUCAGCAGAGUCUCCCACUACUUCCAGCUGGUUUUUCUGCUUUGCUGGGCUCCAGCCUUCCUCCUCACCCUCCUCUCCUUCACCAGCAUCAAACCUACCUCGGUCUUUGCCCUCUACAUUGCCACAGCCCUGAGCACCUCCCUGCAGGGCUUCCUGCACAGCCUGGUCUAUGGGUGGCUGAGGCACAACUUCUGGCAGGAGGUGGUGGGCAAGAGCCUCUCCCUGCAGCACCCCCAGGGGCUCAGGGCAUUCUAUGAUGAGUCCCUGGUGGGUGUUCCCUAAGGCUUCACCUCAUCCCGAUGCCUUCGCACUGCCUGAAGCUUCAUCAGCAUGUCCACAUCCCUGUCAUGGCUGGGCAGGAGGCCCCUGGCCUUGCCCCUUGGUGCUGAGUGUGGAGCAGGAAGCACUGGGGAUAUGGGGGCUGCAGGGGCUCUGUCCCAGUGGGAAUCCUGUCUGUAUCCCAUCGCUGCUGGAGGCAGCCCAAUGUCCCAUCACCUCCACUGUGCAGACAGCAAAACCAUGAGCAACUGCCACAUGGGA